ACCACAAAGUGUUAUACUAACCACAGAUGCACUUCCAGAGAGAGCAUGACUGGAAAGGAGGGGAAUUGUUGCAACAUUUAGGUUUUAUGGUCUGUUUAGAAGGAGUGACUGCAGUUUCACCUUUUUUUCAGUCUUUUGCCUGCUCGGUCAGGUUUGACUAGUUCUGGGCUUAAUCACUGCAGGAGGGGAAAGGUGGGGGGAAAGGAAAGGUAUACAUAAAGACAGCAAACAGGUCAGCAGUGAAAUAGAGCGAGCAAAGUCUGUGGGAACGGUAUCAAAACCAUCUCUCUCUUUCUCUCUCUGCAUUCUCCUCCCAUAAGGAUAAAGCAACAAGUGGACACACAAAGGAUAAAUCAGAAUCAGUGACUUGCCACUCUCCAGAUUCCUUGGGAUUGACAGCCUGUGGAAAUUAUGUCCAGUUUCAUGUAUUACCUGCUCCCAGCAGUAGGGGGGUACGCCUUAGCAUCCCGCUACCUGCUGAAGAAUCCACACAUACUGCACAAGAAAAAACAGACAGCCUUCCACUGCACGCACAUCUCGCACAGAGGAGGUUCUGGGGAGAGAAUCGAAAGCACCAUGGAGGCCUUCACACACGCUGUGGAGGUUGGCACUGAGAUGCUCGAGCUGGACUGUCACCUUACUCAAGAUGGUCACGUGAUCGUAUCGCAUGAUGAGAACCUCCUGCGGCAGACUGGGCUAGAUGCCAACAUCUCAGAUCUAAACUUAGAGGAGCUACCACUAUAUAAGGAACAACUUGAGGUUACAUUUUACACAGGUCACUACAGCACUGGCUCAGACAGAAAGUUUGUCCUGUUAGAAGACGUUUUCCGCAAGUUUCCUAGGAUGCCUGUGAACGUCGAGGUGAAAGAGCACAACAGGGAUCUGAUUGAAAAGGUAUCUGCUCUUGUGAAGAAGUAUAACCGAGAGGACGUCACAGUUUGGGCAUCUGUGGAGUCGUCUAUCAUGAAGGAAUGUCGUAAAGUGAAUUCCACUAUGCCUUACAUGUUCACGGAAAUGCGUGGCCUACAGCUGCUCCUGCUUUACUACACAGGCCUUCUGCCCUUUGUCGCAUUGGGAGAAAGCUUCCUGCAGUACUACCUGCCCCAAGUCAUCAACACGACUUACAUCCCUGAGCCUGGCAUUCUGAGGAACAGAUUUGUCAUCUCACUAAUUCAAAAGCUAACCUUGAGGAAAAGCUUGUUUCAGCAUCUUAAAGACCGAGGAAUUCAGAUCCAUCUGUUUGUUUGUAAUGAAGAACGGGACAUUGAGGCUGCUUUUGCAGCGGGAGCAACGGGAGUCAUGACUGAUUAUCCUACUCUCUUAUCAGACUACAUUAGGAGGCACAGACAGGCCACAUGAAGGACGAGUUGAAUGUUACACUGCAUAAUAAUAAUAAUAAUAAUAAUAAUAAUAAUAAUAAUAAUAAUAAUAAUAAUAAUAAUAAUAAUAUAGUAAUACACAGCAGGGAAGAUUAUUUUAAAUGAUUGUAAACAUUUGUUAAAAUUGAUAAUGAGUAAUAUAUCAUUUUAGAAUGAGAAUAUUGUUUUGAAUGGCCUACUGACUUCCCUGUUUCUGGAUUUUACUCUUUUUUUUGGAUUUGCUCCAGAUUACAGAUUUCAUCAUCUCUGUGAGAACAUCAGGUUCUGAGGAAUAUAUAAUAGUGUCCAAAGCAAUAAAACAAAUCAUAUGGCUACUUGUUCUCAAGAAUAGUUUGUCAUUCCUGGAUUUUGCAAUUCUCUCAGAAAUACAUAGUGUAGAUCUUAUUUAGUUCUGUUCUGUGUCGUGUCAUGUGAUUGGUGUGUUGUUUUAUGUAGCACCAUGGUCCUGGAGGAACGUUGUUUCGUUUCACUGUGUACUGUACCAGCUGUAUAUGGUUGAAAUGACAACAAAGCCACUUGAACUUCAACCUGGACUUGAUCUUGAACUUCAAAUCAGUGUCACAUUUCGAAACAGAGACGACAUUUCUAAUCAACUCAGCAUACUGUUGUUCAGAGAGGCACUCAAUUACAGCAACAAACAGCAACAAAACAAUGUUUUCAAUUGUAGAUUAUUUUUUAUAAUUUUCUUUAAUGAAAAUGAUUUCAUAUUUUCAUGACAUUAUAUCUGAUAAGUUUGAUGUCAUAACAUUUAACUGUAUGAUCACUGUCAAAUAAAUCGAUUUAUACCACAA